CCUCUCGGCGGAUUAGACUUCUGUGGCCGAAAUGCGCGCGAAAAUGGUCGGACACAGUGAUUACUGAUUCCCUCCGCCGCCGCAUUCCGCCCGCUCCGAUGGGCUUCGACGUCUCUUUCUCUUUCUCUUUCUCGUUCUCGCCGUUCCAGCCUACGUCUCCUCAUCUCCGCCGUUCCGGGAAGCCAUUGCUGUUUCUGCACACAUUGGGAAGGAGUCCCUCCGCCUUCCGCUGCUCCAACAACGAGCUUCCUGCAGCUGGUUCAUCGCCUGCUCUGUCCUCCUACGCCAGCCGGUGGAUCAAUCCUCUCCGGCGACGACCGUCACCGGAAAUUGUCCGCCACUGGAUAGAAGCCGAUCCGCAGCUCGCCUCUGAAGAUAGAUUUACACUUGCGUCCUACAACAUCUUGGGAGACAGAAAUGCUUCAAAGCACUGGGACCUCUACGCUGAUGUUCCUCCUUCCUAUAUGAAAUGGGAAAGGCGUAGGAGGGUCAUCUGUGAAGAGCUGAUGGGAUGGGGUCCCGAUAUAAUAUGUUUGCAAGAGGUGGAUAGGUACAUUGAUCUCUCUGAGAGCAUGCAGAGAGGAGGAUAUGUUGGUUCUUAUAAGAGGCGCACUGGAGAUUCAGUUGAUGGGUGUGCUAUCUUUUGGAGGGACAAGAAGCUUCGUCUACUUGAAGCCGAGAGUAUUGAGUUUAAAGCCCUUGGCCUUCGAGAUAAUGUGGCUCAACUUUCUGUCUUUGAGAUGUGCGAAGCUGAGUCGAGAAGACUGCUUGUUGGCAAUAUCCAUGUUCUCUACAACCCCAGCAGAGGGGAAGUCAAGUUAGGGCAGAUCCGUUUCCUCUCUUCGAGAGCACAUAGUCUCGCCAAGAAAUGGGGCAAUAUUCCAAUUCUGCUUUCCGGCGAUUUCAACACUACUCCACAGAGUGCCAUUUACGAGUUCUUGUCAAAAUCUCAGUUAGAUAUCUUGUUGCAUGAUAGGAGGGAGCUAUCUGGUCAAAGAAGUUGCCAUCCUUCUCAAGUUUUUGGUCAAAGUGGAAACUCAACUAGUCCAUUCAUCAUAAUGGACAGAUUGUUCAACUCUGGAUGGAGCGAGGAAGAGGUCAGAACUGCCGGUGCUGAUGCUGGUGUAGUUGCUCACCCCUUGAAGCUUAACAGCGCAUAUUCCAAAGUCAAUGGUUCUGGAACAACAAGGUACUUGAAUGGUGAACCUCUUGCAACUUCAUACCACUCAAAGUUUUUUGGGACUGUUGAUUACAUAUGGUAUUCAGAUGGGCUCGUACCAACGAGAGUUUUAGAUACUCCCCCAAUAAAUAUCCUACGCAGGACAGGUGGUCUUCCAUGUGAGAACGUGGGUAGCGAUCACUUGGCACUUGUAUCGGAGUUCGCCUUCACAGAUCUGUCAGAAUCUUGGGGGAUGGGCACUUCAAACUUAGUAUGUCGGUGUGAGGAUUCUUUUCCAACAAUCUGGUGAGUUACUAUCGGUAGUCUCGAGGUGAUGCAAAGGCAACCGUAACGAGACACCAGUUUCUCAGGUCCCAAUACGUGUAGAUGAGGCAGUUCUCCAUUCAAAUCUUUGGUGCACAUCACCCCAAUCACCGUCUAUGUUUUACUUCUGGCUGGUGAACGGAGAAGAAAUGCUAUUUGUUCGGUUUUUUGUUGCAAGUUUUGGUUUCCAUCCUUUAAGAAUGCUUCCGUUCCUUUCCGGUUGGAAUUUGGUAUAGUCGGUGUAAUAAUAUGUCGUGUUAUGAAUAUCAAUUACCCGUUGUCAAUGACAAACCAACAGUAUUGAUCUUCGCUGCACAUUCACAGCAGCAUCAUAUUUUCAA